AUGAAUGCGCCUUCGUGGUGGAAUCAGCGUCUUUGGCACACCGGGACAGAUGAUUAUGUGCGUCGUGGGGACGCCCGACUAUACAACGCUGCUGCUUCCCGUGCCGAUUCACAGGCUGGAGCAUCUCCUGGUCGAGGCACAAACGGCAGAUCUGCCAAUUGGCAAUGUGGAACUAACUUUACUGGCACUAUGACUAUAGGAACGCUGAGGAAGCAUCCUUACUCGGGUUGCCAGGCGUCUGGGAGACGAGCUGAGAUCGUGGAACGGGAGGGAUCGAGGCCUGCAUUCGGCUCUUCAGGCGUUGAAAGUGAGACCGACCAAGAAAUGGAUUUGAGCACUGUUGCCACGUCCGAGCUGCCAUGGCAUCGUGAAAACGGUGUCCUACCGCACGAGGCGGCCUCGUUAACCAGUUGGCCAACCUGCACACUAGGCAUGACAAAAAAGCGGCCCACUUCUGCCGUAGACACACGCCCUGUAGCCAUGGCGACACGCAGACCUGCCACUGCCAGUCUCCGAUUCAGACCGCUUGGCGCGUUGAGAGUUGCCUAC